AUGGUCGCCCUGUCGUCGCCGACGGGUAGCUCCGUCGACAAGAGGAGCGUCAUGUACAACAUCGUGUCCGGCACGUCCAUGGCGUGCCCGCACGUCACCGGCGCCGCCGCCUACGUCAAGUCCUUCCACCGCGACUGGUCGCCGGCGAUGAUCAUGUCGGCCCUCAUCACCACCGGUCUCUUCUCCGAUGGGCGGCGACGACGCCGGCGGCGAGCUCAAGCACGGCGCCGGCCAGUUCAGCCCGGCGAGGGCACGCGGCGGGACCCCGGGCUGGUGUACGACGCGACGGUGGGCGACUACAUCGAGAUGCUGUGCGCGCAGGGGUACAACGCCACGCAGCUCGCCGUCGUCACCGGCUCCGACGACACGGCCUGCGGCGCCGCCAGCGACGGCUCCGUCGUCGCCGACCUCAACUACCCGACCAUGGCGGCGCACGUCGCGCCCGGCGAGAGGUUCGCCCUGAGCUUCCCGCGGACCGUCACCAACGUCGGCGCCGCCCCGGCCGCUGUGUACGACGCGAGGGUCGUCGCCGCGCUGUCCGGCGUGGUGGCGGCCGCGAACGAGGUGGCGUCGGUGGCCGUCGUGUGGACCGACGGCGAGCACGAGGUUGAGGAGCCCUGUGGUGGUGUACACGGUGAACGUCGCCGUACCGGAGGGAGGGUCGACGUGAUGUGUGGCCGCUACGAUGACUGA